UGUUAUGGUUUUUUAACAAUUUUGUAUUUUUAAGUCAAUGAACUAAAUAAUUUUGUGUGUUCAAAAUUUGGAUCAGCAAUUCAUAUUGGAAAUGCGAUUUAAUUGAUUGUUAAACGAACGUUAUUGGAAUCAACAAUCAGCAAGACUUGAAAUUACACCGCCAGCAACAAUGGAUGCAGCCGUUAUAUUUCGUAAUGCAACCAAGUUUUAUGGAUCGGGUGAUAAGGCGAAUAUGGUUUUUCAAAAUUUAAAUAUGACAGUGCUGCGCGGUACAAUAUAUGGUUUAUUAGGUGCUAGUGGCUGUGGUAAAACAACACUGUUAAGUUGUUUAGUCGGAGUAAAAGAAUUAAAUUCCGGUGAAUGUUGGGUAUUAGGUGGCAGACCAGGAUCACCAGGUAGUGGUGUACCCGGACCUAGAAUUGGUUAUAUGCCACAAGAUAUAUCCUUAAUUAGUGAAUUUACUGUAAGAAGUGCCGUUUUUUAUUUUGGACGUAUAUAUAACUUAAAAGAAGAAAAAAUUGAGGAACGAUUUACAUUUCUAUCAAAAUUAUUGGAUUUACCUCCUGCCAACAGAUUUAUGAAAGAUUGCAGUGGUGGACAACAGAGGCGUGUUUCAUUUGCAUGUGCAUUAGUUCAUGAACCAGAGUUAUUGAUUUUGGAUGAACCUACAGUAGGAUUAGAUCCAGUCUUAAGAGAUAAUAUCUGGAAUCAUUUAGUUGAAUUAACAAAAACACAAAAUACAGCCGUUAUUAUUACAACGCAUUACAUUGAAGAAACCAAACAAGCACAUUCGAUUGGUUUGAUGCGUGGUGGAACUCUUAUGGCUGAAGAAUCUCCAGAUAAUUUAAUGGAAUUAUUUGGUGUUGAAUCAUUAGAAGAUGCAUUUUUAAUUUUAAGUCAACGGCAAACUAGAGGUGAACCAGUUCCAGAAUUUCAAAAUGAAGAAUAUCAAGCAAAGAAACGAUUGCGUGAUAGUCUAUAUUCUAGUUCAAAUAGUGUUGCUGAUACUAGAGUUAGUGGUAGUACAUUUGCAUUAGUUUCAAACGAAAACAUAACCGAAAAUCGAACAAAUAAUCCACCAACAGCAAAGAAAAAAAAAUACAAACAGUAUUAUAAUUCAAAAAGAUUAAAGGCGUUAUUGAUCAAAAAUUUUGAACAAAUUGGGCGAAAUCAUUCUGGGUUAUUAUGGACAUUUCUAUUUCCCAUUAUUGAAAUGUUUGCAUUUUUCUGGGGAGUUGGUACUGAUCCUGAAUCUUUACGUCUUGGAAUUGUAAAUGGUGAAAGCACAUGGGACAACUGUUUAAAUUAUACAGCAAGUUAUCCAACAGCAAAAUACAUUUCAGAUGAUCAAAGUUGUGAGUUAACGUUGCUUAGUUGCCGAUUUUUACAAUCCCUUAAUACAACAAUCGCUUCAAAGGUAUUUUAUGAUGAUAUAGAAAGUGCGAGACAUGAUGUUGAAAGUGGGAAAAAUGUUGGUUACAUGUAUUUUGCACCAAAUUUCACGGAAGCGUCAUUAGCUCGACAAAAUGAUGGUAGAUUAGUCGAGGAUUACGAUUUAGAUUUUAGUGAAUUACAAAUAUGGCUUGAUAUGUCUAAUCGUCAGAUAGGUGAAGUUUUAAAAUGGAAUUUGUAUGGAUAUUAUUACGACUUUAUGCAUGAUUUAUUAACUGAAUGUAAUGAAAAUCCAAAAUUAGCAAAUAUUCCAAUAAAUUUCGAGCCGCCAAUUUAUGGAAAAGCAAACGAUGAAUAUUUAGUUUUUAUGUUCCCAGCUGUGAUAAUUACUUUAACAUAUUUUAUGUCAACUUCUGUAACUUCAGCGACUAUUGUGGUUGAUCGAUUAGAAGGUGUGUGGGAUCGAUCAUUAGUUGCAGGAAUAUCACAUGGUGAAAUAUUAUUUACACACUUUGUUUCACAAUUGGUAUUAGUUAUAAUGCAAAUAAUUGAACUAUUAUUUAUAUCGAUGGUGAUAUUUGAUAUGAAGUGUAAUGGUCAAUUUUGGCUUGCGUUGAUACUAAUUUUUACACAAGGAUUUAAUGGAAUGUUAAAUGGUUUCUUUGUAUCAAUUACUUGCACAACAAUUACGUUGGCAAAUCUGGUGACCACUGGUUCCUUUUUCAUGAUGAUUUUAAUGUGUGGUUUAAUAUGGCCAUUGGAAGGUAUGCCUAGUGGCUUAAGGUGGAUAUCGCUAUGUUUACCGUUCACAGUACCAAUAAUAUCAUUACGUGAUAUAUUAACUCGUGGAUGGUCAUUGAAAUAUUUUGAAGUUGUACUUGGAUUUAUUGUAUCAAGUAUAUGGACAAUUGUGUAUGUAGUUGUGUCAUUGUUUAUAUUGAAACGAAAAGGUUGAAAAAAAUUUUUUUUUUAAUUUAUUAGCAAAGAAAAGUU